CCGGGCGGGGCGGGGCAGCCGGUCGGUACCUGAGGGCGCAGAGCGCCGCGGCCCUGUCCGAGGAGGACACAGCGCCGGCCUACGCUUGACCCGGCGAGCCUGCUGUUAACGUCUCGUUCUGUCAAAUGUACUUUGGCACAUAAUGAAACGUAGGCAACCUCAGCCUUAGAGUUGGAGGAAGUCAAGCCGUUUAUCUUCAGUUAAAGAAAGCAAAACUGAAUGGGAACUUUAUGCUGUAGCAGAGCAUUAGUGUCCAGGCCAGUCAACAAAUUAAGAUUCAAGCACCAUUUAAGGACCAAUGUACCCAACAGCUCAUGGAAGAAAAAAAUCAAAUCAGGACAUCCUUGGUUUCCAGGCUACCGAAAUAUGGAAUGAAAACUUUAGGAGGUGUUUUGCAACCGAUGCCAAAUGGAACUGCUGUUAGUUUAGCAGGCAAUAAUGGUGGCAAAAAUUUGGGCAAGCACAAUGGCACUGUUCAUAUGUCUUCCUUUUCUUUCAACUGGAAAAAAUCAAAUAAGUAUCAACUUCAUGAUCAAAACAGGAGAGAGACCAACUCUAAACAUAACUAUAAUGAAAAAUUAACUGAUUCAGAAAAGUAUUCUCAAUCUCAAGGAGCAUUGGGUAAUGAUGUACUCAGGGUGGAUUUGAACAGUACUGCUUCAGUUGCAUCAAAAGCAGCAAAGCAAACCAAUAUGUUUGUAUCUUCCACUGAGGAAUUAAACCCAAAGUCUUUGCCUGGGCUCUCUAGUUCAGCAAAAUUCACCAAAGGUACCCUGUCAGGAAGGACCUCAUAUUCUGGACUCAGUGCUCCAAAAUCACACUUAAAUGGGUUCUAUGGAAAUAGGCCAGUGGUAGGCUUGCAGAGACCUAGAGCAAAUUCCGCCACCACAAGGACAAGUUCAGGAGAAAGCCUUGCACAAUCUACAGACAAUAGCAAGGCUUUUUCCUGUGAAAAGAUGGUAAGAUCGCAAAGCUUUUCACAUUCCAUUCAGAAUUCUUUCCUUCCCACUGCAUCUUUAACCAGGUCGCAUUCCUUUAAUAAAGCUGUGGAUCUUACAAGGCCUUAUCAUAGUCAAAAUAUAGCUGCCAGGACAUCUCAGAGGUCAAGUUUGUUAUCAAGAAACGCACAUCAGUUGGAUGUACCCAAUGGAAAUGAAUCCAUGAAGUAUGGAUUUACCAGGCCGUACUCUGGUGUGUCAGGUCCUUGUUCAAAGAUGCCCCCAGUGUCAAAUGGGUCUGGGUCAGCGCCUUCUUUUGGAUACAGAUUAAGUCGACCUUCUCUGCUGAAGCCUACCAGGCAGCGAUUUGUGGGAAAUAUGGUGGAUGGCCGCAGAAGUGCAACUCCUGAUACGUACAUCGUGGAGAACGCUGAAAUGUCGACAAACAUUAAUACAGCAAUUGAGAAAAACAAUAUUAGAGAGAGCAAUGCACGAAGAACAGAAUCUGAUGAGGGCUUGCAUGAAAGUAUAGGAAAGCAGGGCUCAAAAGUCAUGUGUAUGAGCGAUGAUGGAGAUGAAAUAUCUAUAUCUUCUUUGUCAUCCUCUGAAAAAAAUGACUUGAGUGAAGACUUCAGUGAUGAUUUCAUAGAUAUAGAAGACCCAAACAGAACUGUGCAAAUACAUCAAAAGGAGAGCUGCCUUCAGGAACUGGAGCAUGAAAGUGUAACCUCAAUUGAGCCAUUCACUUCUCUCAAGAAAAGUGGAGGAUCUUGCUGUAAUGCCGAUGACUGGCUUGAUAUAAACGUGUCUGUGGAUGAUAACAGUGAAAGCACAAAGGAUACUACUGAGAAUGUGAUUUCUCCAGAGAUGAAUUACAGAGCUGGGUCCUCUUUUGAGCUUUCUCCAUCUGACAGCUCUGAUGGCACCUAUAUGUGGGAUGAAGAAGGAUUGGAGCCUAUUGGAAGUGUCCAUCCAUGUGGAAGCUAUGAAUCUUCAGAAAUGAACAGCAUAGAUAUCUUGAAUAAUCUUGAUUCGUGUGAUCUUGAAGAUGAUGAUCUCAUGCUUGAUGUGGAUCUGCCUGAGGAUCCUCCUCGUGACAAAGAGGAAUGUGACAAUAUGAACCGUUAUGAGAGACAAGACAGAAGUGCAAGGCAGCAUCAGGAAGGAUUCUGGAAAAGAGCACCACAGCAGCGAUGGAAUGCACAGGAUCACUAUCAUCUUGGCCUUACUGAUCACUAUAUUCAUGGUAAAAAUGAUUUGAACAGGGGAUCAAACUGUGUAGAAUCUCCUAUUGGUCACUUGGAAAACUAUGGAGCACCAAAUUAUUACCAGGCUCCAAGGCAGCUGGUGGGUGUACCAGAGAAUACUGUGAUGCUUGAUGAAAUGACUCUUAGACACAUGGUCCAAGACUGCACAGCUGUGAAAACUCAGCUGUUGAAACUGAAGAGAUUACUGCACCAGAAUGAUGAAAAUGUGUCUGCCCAGGACAUCUCAUUCUCAAUUCCAUCAAGUCCAGAACCAGAAGAACAUGAGCCAACUUUUAAGAUGGCUGAUCUGCUGAAUGAGAUCAGGCAGCUUAAAGAUGAACUGAAGAAGAAGGAUGAAACAAUCAACCAAUUAGAACAUCAACUUGCUGUUAGAUGUAACUGCCAGAAAGACAGUCAAAGACCUACAGGGACAACAUGCGCGUAUGCUGAUAAAUUUACACAAACCUCCUGGAGGAGGAGUUCUCCUCAAGUACUACAGCCUUCCAGCAGCCUUCCCACUUCCACAGACCUCGCCCAGGGAAAACUAAUAAAAAUGCCACGUAUCGAGGCCCACAGUGAAUAUCCUAAACGUGGUCUGCGUGAAAAUAGCAAUCAUCAGAAUCGAAAUGCUGCAAAUGGCGCUCUCCCAAAUAACCUGACUGACGUAAACUCUGUAAAGAGCACACAGUCAAACAUAAAAGAGGAGAAUGCAUCAUAUUUGGAAAAAAUGAAAAAUAAAACCACUGAAGACACUGGAGAUAUGACUUGUAAUAAGGAGGGUACAUUGCCAUCCCAUUCCUGUUGUCAGGCCUCUGCACAAGCUGAUGCUAGAGAGAUGCAGACUGAAUUAGCUGUGAAAGGUCAACCCUCAUUCACAAAUCAGGCUUCUCAGCCAAAGACUUCAAGAAUCGCAAAGCCCCCAAAUGCUUUAGUGCCUCCUACGAUGGCCGUUCUCCCACGAUCUGCAAAUCAUUCCACCGCUUCCAAGGAAUGUGAGCUUCUACCAUUAAGUAGCUCAACUCAGCUGCAGACAACAUCUGGUCAGGAUAACCUGAAGGGUAAACAGAGUCAGAAAGUGUCUAAACUUCGCCCACCAACUAUGUCCUUUGUUAAAUCUAAGCAAAUGAGCAGUCAGAAAUCCACACUGGUACCUCCAGAGCCUCAAAACACCUUUUCGAAGACUAACAUCCCAAAGCCACCAGUACAGAGGAAAGAAAAUGUGCAAACACAGAAUAGCAGUUUGCAUCCUGGGGAGACUUUGCCCUCCAGUCGGCAAUCCCGCCUCCCUAAACCAAAGAUGCAUUGAAGAUGUACCUACAUUUCAGCAAAUGAUGCCAUACAUGAAUCUACUCUAUUUUGAUUGCCUUUGAGGCUACUUUAUCUACAGCCUGCAAAUCCUGAGUGAAUAGUAAAAUUAGCUUUUUUCUUUAGCGUUUGCAUCCUCUAGCCCAUUCAGUUUUCAGGCUCAUGUUAUCCAUUGUGCAGCUUCUCUUGUAUUAAAGAUUGUUUUGCCCAGUGAUCUUAGUGAUUAGGCAAAUACUGAAGUCUUGGUGAUCACGAACACCAGAACGCUGCACAAUGUUAUUUGAGGAUAGCAGAAAUCAGGGGUUUUUUUACCUCUGUUUGAGUUGUCAGACAAUGAAACUACUCUUUGGUUUAACUUGGUUCUGAGUACUCGUUAGGUUAGAGUGGUGGAAAAUUAGACUUGCUAGCAGAUGUUUCAUUGGCCAUAAUUCUGACUCUGUAUUCCAGAGGCCUAUGCAAAAAUGCUCGUAUUUAUCAUUAUCUCAAGACUGACAUAUUUAAUGUUAUUUAAUCUGAUGGGGGGG